UCCUGGCGGCGGCGCGGAGCGGAGCGGGCGGCGGUGCGGGCUGGGCUGCGGUACCGGUACCGGCACCGGCGGCUCCGCGGGGCCGCGCCGGUCUCGGCCUCCCCCCGGACUCCCUCCGGCUCUGCCCGUCCCUCCGCCUCCCUCCCCCCUUCCCGUUUUUUUUUCCCACCCCCCCCCUUUCUCCCCGCAACGCCGCCCCCCGUCCCCCCCCCCCGCAGCAAGAUGGUGCAGAAGAAAUCAGAGAUCCCGGGUUUCCACCGCUCCUUCAAGGGACAAAACCCCUUCGACCUGGAGUUCGACCAGUCCAACCACCUGGAGCCUGUCUUCAACUUUGAGUGCCCGCCCCGUCCUGACAUGCCUUCAAGUCAACCCAUCGAUAUCCCUGACGCCAAGAAAAGGAACAAGAAGAAGAAGCGCUGUAGAGCAACCGACAGCUUCUCCGGCAGGUUUGAAGAUGUUUACCAGCUGCAGGAGGAGGUGCUGGGAGAAGGGGCCCAUGCCAGAGUCCAGUCCUGUGUUAACCUCAUCACCAACAAGGAGUACGCAGUGAAGAUCAUAGAGAAACGCCUGGGACACAUCCGCAGCAGGGUCUUCAGGGAGGUGGAGAUGCUGUAUCAGUGCCAGGGACACAGGAACGUCCUGGAGCUGAUUGAGUUCUUUGAGGAAGAGGAGAGGUUUUACCUGGUGUUUGAAAAGAUGAGAGGAGGCUCCAUCCUGACCCACAUCCACCGGAGACGCCACUUCAACGAGCUGGAGGCCAGCGUGGUGGUGCGGGACAUCGCCAGCGCCCUGCACUUUUUGCACAACAAAGGAAUUGCACACAGGGAUCUAAAACCGGAAAAUAUUCUGUGUGAGAGCCCGGACCAGGUCUCCCCAGUGAAGAUCUGCGACUUUGACCUGGGAAGUGGCAUCAAACUCAACGGCGAUUGCUCCCCCAUCUCCACCCCAGAGCUGCUCACCCCGUGUGGCUCUGCUGAGUACAUGGCCCCAGAGGUGGUGGAAGCUUUCAACGAGGAGGCAUCCAUCUAUGACAAGCGCUGCGACCUGUGGAGCCUGGGGGUCAUCCUGUACAUCAUGCUGAGCGGGUACCCCCCCUUCGUGGGUCACUGUGGCUCUGACUGCGGCUGGGACCGGGGCGAGGCGUGCCACACGUGCCAGAACAUGCUCUUCGAAAGCAUCCAGGAGGGGAAGUACGAGUUUCCUGACAAGGACUGGGCACACAUCUCCUUUGGAGCCAAAGAUCUCAUUUCCAAGCUGUUGGUGAGAGAUGCCAAGAAGCGGCUCAGCGCAGCCCAGGUUCUGGAGCACCCCUGGGUGCAGGGGUGUGCCCCGGAUAACACCCUGCCGACCCCCAUCAUCCUGCAGAGGAACAGCAGUGCCAAAGAGCUCACCUCCUUUGCUGCCGAGGCCAUCGCUGUCAAUCGCCAGCUGACGCAGCGUGACGAGGAUGAGGAAGAUGAGGCGGAGGAGGAAGCACGACCCAUCAUCAUCAAAGCUACCUCACGGGCCAUGCAGCUCUCCCCCCCCUCCGAGUCCAAGCUGGCCAAGCGGCGGCAGAAGAGCAGCCUGGCCAAGGCAGUGGCCACUGGGCAGCACCUCGUGGCCCCGCUGGUCCUGGUGGCCGACCAAGCCUGAGCUGUGCCCCUCAGACCUGCUGUACCCUGUGUCGUUUCCCCCCCCUCUUUGUUCUUUCUCUCCCCCCCGCCCCAAGCCCCACCGUUUCUGGUUAGUGACAAGAUCAGGACUCGUCCCUGUGGCUGGUUUCCAAGGUUUUGCUGAUCUUGUAGGUCUGGGGGUGGGAGGGUUUGUUUAAGAUGUUUUGUUUUUUUUUUUUUUUUUUUGUUAAGGUGUUAAAUCAAGCAUGAGGUUGCUUCACCCAGGGCACAUUCAAGGACAUCUGACAGACACAUGGACUUUUGUUUCCUGACUCUUGGUUUCUCCUCUGACAUUUCCCCCCCCACCAAUCCCGACACCAAAGGACUCUUUGUACCCGCGGCUGCUUUGACGAUGUCAGCUCGUUUCAUACUGUGAACAAAAGACCCUCGGUCGCGUUUUCAACAACGGGAGUUGUGUAUUAACCUCCUCCCUCCCCUCGGAGCUGCAGGUCUUUCUCCCGUGUCGGGGUAGAUCCCACAAGACCCCCAUCCUGGGUGCGGGGAGCCCUUCCAUCCUAUGCUCCGGGGGGAUGUGAUGGGUGUGGUGCAGGGAAUCGCUUGGGCUGGGGAGAGAUGGUGCCAGCAAGGGAGCAGCUCCGCAUCCCACUGAGCAACCCUCUCUCCUCAGCAACCUGCUUCCAGAAUAAGCUAUUCACCCCCUUUUUCUUCCUUUUUCCUUUUAGUUAUUGUUGGUUUUAAACUGCUAGCUGUGCUUUUCUACAGGGCACAGAGAAACGUCUUCCUUUGCUCCUGUGCUCCGGCCAGUGGCUUCUGGGGGUAAGGUCAGAGCCGGGGGGAUGCACAGGCAUUGGGCCAUGCUCUUGUGCCGGGUCGGGUGUUGUAUCCCUGUUUUUGGAGGGGCAGCUUGCCAGUGGAUGUGCCAUUAUGGAGGUGCAGAGGGAAUGGGGUUUUCAGGGUGGCUGGAGCAGCCCAAAAAUACCCCUCUGGGAAUAGCAGGUGCUCUGUGGAAAGCAAAGGACACCCCUUAAAGAGCUUCGGGCUGGCCCUGAGGCUGCCGUGGCUGAAGGGGUUGGGGGUGCUGAGCACCCCGAGGUGCUGUUUUGGUGGGUGAGCGGCUGAGCUGGUGGCAGCACCCAUGGGCUACAGCGUAGGGGAGCAGCCAGGGGGAUCUUGGGAUGUGGGGCUGGAGGGUUUGGGGUCAGCAGCAGCACCAGGGCAGUGCAGGGUGUGAUGGGUGGCCAGGGAGAGCUGAGCAUGUGUGUUCAUGUGUGUGCAUGUGUCCACGUUCGUGUGUCCACAUGCAUGGCGCUGCCGUUUCCUCAAAGCUUUGGGGAAGGAGGGAAUGCAGCCAGGGAAGCAUUUGGGAUGCUGCAUCAGGACGAGGCCCUUGGCUGGUUGCUGCUGCAUGGGGCUGGCUCCUCUGUGUGCCCUCUGCACCAAGCCCAAGCAGCAAACGCGCUCCCCAACACAGGUCGUGCCACUGUCCCCAUGUCCCACCACGAGGGAGGGUGUCCCCUUCGUUAGCAACCUCUUUUCCCUUCCCAUCCACUGCUUUGAGCUUUAUAUGUUGAAAAAGCAGCCUCAGUCCAUCGUGUGCACAGGUGGAGGCUUUGGGAGCUUGCUUUGGGGUCUUCAGCUGAGGACAGUCACUGUCUCCAGAGGGGGAAAGUUCUCCUUUUAAUUUUAAGACUGCUGACAGCAAUACUAUGCAAUAUAUGUUUUUUGUUUCAGGGAGGUAUGUGUGAGUUAUCUUGGGACAUGAUGAUCUUGGGUGUUGAUGGAGUUUGGGGCAGAGACUGUCUUUUCUCGCCCUUCCACCGAGUGGCAUUUGUGGGUCAGGGAGGGUGGUUUAUCCCCUCUCCAUCCCCCCCCAAAAACUGCCUCGCACUUGCGAUCUCCCCUCUCCCCCCGGUCCCACCGUGCGGGGUGGUGGUGAGGGGACAAUCCCCUCAGGCACCGGGACGCCCUGGAGAGGCCUCCUUUAAAGCAAGACAAAACAAAAUCCAUCUUGAUUGUACAUUACUUUUUAUAGCUUAUUUUGUUUUAUCAGUUGUAGAUAAUUCCUUGUUGUCUUAUAUUAAGAAAUACUUGAAUGCUGUACAGUG